AUGUACUUGUGCGAGACUGCAAGCUUUGUGCGCGUGGUGAAGGGCCUUCUGCCCGCUGAGGGGGAGCUGGAGGCGCCGGCCACGGCCUUCCCCUUCCUCAGGCUGUUCCGGCGAUAUAGGGUGAGCUUGCCCCAGCACCUGGCUGACGGCAAGCACGAGAAGGAGGAAACAUUUGUGAACAACAAGACAAUACAGAAGGCAGAGGAGGAGGAGCAGGAGGAGAAGGUGAGCCUGAAGGAACAAGACGAGAUGUCUCAGUUCCACGAGAUGCACGAACUGGAGGAAACACUGGACCCAUCUAGGAACAGGGAGCAACUCACACAGCAGGAGGAGGAGGAGGAGGAGGAGGAGGCAGGAGAAAACCCCAAAGAGCAGGGCGAGUUAUCAUCGUUCCUCGAACUGAUGGAACUCGUGAGGAGACAAGAGGAGAUGCUGAAGCAACCUGACGACGGGGAGCAAAUCAAAGAGAAGGAGGAGGAGGAGGAAGGAGAGAACCCCAAAGAGCAGGGCGAGUUAUCAUCGUUCCUCGAACUGAUGGAACUUGUGAGGAGACAAGAGGAGAUGCUGAAGCAACCUGACGACGGGGAGCAAAUCAAAGGGAAGGAGAAGGAUGAGAAGAACGUGGAGGAGGAGGAGGAGGAAGAGGAAGAAGAAGAAGGAGUAAACCUCAAAGAACAAGACGAGUUGUCUUUGUUCCUCGAGCUGCAGGAACUUGUGAAGAGACAAGAGGAGGAACUGAAGCAACCCAGGGAAGAUAAACAAAUAAAAGAGAAGGACACAGAUAAUAACACAGAGGAGGAGGAGGAGCGAGGGAGCCUCAAGGAACAAGACGAGCUGACUAUGUUCCUGGAGCUGCAGGAGAUGGUAAAGGCACAGGAAAAGGCACUAGAACAGCUGAAGGAUGUGGAGGUCAUCAAACAGAAGUCCCGCAAGAGAGUGACGUUCUGCCUGGACAACGUGGACUUCCCCGUCAAGGAGCGGGAGCUGUACAAUGGGCGGGAGUACUUCAAGUUCGGGCGCGGCCUGCUGGCCCUGCGUCCCGACCUGCGCGGCCAGGGUGACCAAAAGUCCCGCAAGAGUGACGUUCUGCCUGGACAACGUCGCCCUCCCCGUCAAGGAGCGGGAGCUGUACAAUGGGCUGGAGUACUUCAGGUACCGCCGCCGCCUCCUGACGCUGCGCCCCGAGUUGGGCCGUGA